AUGGUCAACCUGUUCAGAGCCGCCGCCGCGGGCGUCCUCGCCCUCGUCGUCGGCGCCGCGCAGGCCGCCCCGGCCGUCGCCAACCAGCUCGCCGCCGGCUACCCGGGCUCCAUCAGCGUGAGCUCCACGAGCCCGCUCGCCAUCCGCUACUCGACCUCGCAGCCCGAUGACCGCAACUGGGUCGGCAUCUGGGCCUCCGUCAACGGCGGCGGGCCCGACAACCAGCAGGUCGGCGCCCAGCCCUCGCGCAAGUGGGCCUACGCGUCCGGCCUCGACGGCACCGUCACCCUGCCCACCGACGGCCUCGCCGCCGGCGACUACACCGCCUACUUCCUCGCGCGCGACGGCUACAACUGGAUGGCCGCGCCCGUCCAGUUCUCCCUCGGCGGCAGUGGUGGUGGAGGCGCACUCAAGGUGACGGGCGGCUACCCGAUCCGCAUCCAGUACAACACUUCCCAGCCCAACGCGAACAACUGGCUCGGCAUCUACUUUGCCGCCGCCGGCGGUCCAGACACCGGCAGUGUCGGCGACCCGGCGGUGCGCUGGGCGUACGCGGGCGACGCGCAGGGCACCGUGGAGAUACCCACGGACGGGCUGGGCGACGGGCUGUACAAGGCGUUCUUGCUGGCCGACGGCGGGUACGCGUCGCUCGCGCAGCCGCAAAUCUUCACGCAGGGCAACGCCGUCUUCCGCGGCGUGCUGGCGGUCGACUACGCGGCCAAGACGGCCUUCUCCUUCCGCUACACGACGCAGAAGCCGGGCGCCAAGAACUGGAUCGGCGUGUGGGCGUAUGGCAAGGGGCCGGACGGGCAGGAGGCGGUCGGGCAGGCGCUCGCGUGGGAGUACGCGACGGAGGCGCGCGCGACGCUGACGGUGGACGUGAGCAAGCUGCCGGCCGGGCAGUACCAGGCCUUCCUGCUGGCUGACGACAAGUACAACUGGCUCGCCAGCCCCAUCGCCAUUCACAAGUGA